AUGAAUUCCCGAAUGCGAAAUAUCUCUCCUCAAAGUAUAGAGCAGACGAUCGAGGAAGAAAUCGCUAAUUUGAAGGGCCAAUGGGAUCACUGGGCGGAAAAGUUCUCGAUUGAAACGCUGGGCCAAAGGGAUGAAAGAAUUCGAAGCGAGGUCAAAGUUCUACUCAAAAGGGUUGAAGAAUCUGAAUUAGGAAAUGUGGCGAAGCAUUACGCUUUGGCGCGUUUGCGAAACAUCCUUCCGGAAUUCGACGAAAAAGCGAAAGAAUCAAUCGAGCGGGUUCUCAAACUCGACCCUUUGAAUUUCGACGCUUGGACAUUACUUGGCGAGCAGUGCUGGAGAAUGGCAGUCGAAGGCAAAGGAGAUCCAAAAAAGCCCUUUGAUGGAAUGGUUCAAGCGAAGAGGAACUUCGAGGAAUCGUUGAAAAAGAAGAAAAAUGUUCACGCCUUGUGUAAUUUAUCGAUGCUUCUAAGAUCGUAUCCUUCGAAGAAUUCAAAGGAGAAAUAUGAUAACCUCCAGCUUAGCGUUCAAAAAGCCAAAGAAGCCGUUUCAUUAGACGCAGAAAGCGGUUUGGCUUGGUACAAUCUUGGAAACGCACAUCUUCAAUUAUACAUCCUCACCUUUGAAACCGAGCCGCAUGUGAAAACCGCCCUUGUUUCCUACGAAAAAGCGCAAAAAUACGGACAGUUCUACAAUCCAGAUGUUCAUUAUAACAAAGCCCAGUUAGAAAUCUUUGCGGAAAAAUGGUCCGAUGCCUAUGAUUCGCUCCUCCUUUCUGCGAGGUUUGAUCCAGAAUCAAAGCGAGCAAAAGAACGAUCCGAAGUUCUGGUGGAUUUUUGCUCCAGAGCUGCUCUUCUCUGCAAGAAUAAAGGAAAGAUGCGGCCGAAAAGACUGGCCGAAUUGUUGAAAAAGUGCGAGAAAGAUGCGAAAACUAGCACUGAUCUGGUCGUCGUCGGACAUUUAACGCACUUUGACUACAUUCCAUUCGCCUUUGUCGGCGUUGACACAUCGUCCGAAGCUCAUUUAGUUACCGUCUACAACAUGGUCAAAGGUCAGGGUCCGCUGGUCGGCGACAUCGUCACAAUACCAACUUCUGAUAUGAAAAUUUCCAAGUCCAAUUUGUCACUCACCAAAAGUCAAGCUGAAGAAGAAGCUGCUGCUAUUGAAUUCUCUUCCAUUCGCGUCGAGCGACCGUCAAAAUUAGCCUUCAACAAGAAAAUCCGCGGUGCUAGCUUGGAAGCGAAGCUUUUCUGUCGCACUGAAAAUCUAGAAUAG